AUGGCCUCGACGCAAGGCCUCCCCGUCGCGCAGCAGCCGGCCACGGGCGAGGCAACCCCCAUAGCGAGAAUCAUCAGCGACGUGAUCCCUCCAAAGAUCCCCGGCGCGCCGGCAGCCGGAGUAACGCCUUCUACGUCGUCCUCUUCCGCGUCCCCGUCGACGUCUUCGGCGGACCCCUUGCAGAAGCUCCCUCCGCAGCCGCCAUCGCUUCGGCACCCGCCGCCUGCUCUGGCGGCGCACCACCGCAUCAUGGCGCUCAACGAUCAGUGGAAGCGCGGCCAGGUAGGUGCUGCGCCGGCGCCGGCGCAGGAAAAGGUCCCGGGCAUAGAUGCGGAGAGCAGCUCGAGUGACGAGGAUGAGGCUGACUCGGACGAUGAGUCGGAUGAGGAUGCUGAGGAUGAGAGUGUCCACGACAGUAGCGAUGGGCCUGCGAGGCCAAUGCCUUCGUCGCAGACGCCCGUGCCGCUUCCAAGCUACACGAGAGGCGUCGUGCCGUCAACCGCGCCAGUGAGCGCGUCCCGGGUCAAGCCUCCUCCCGAUGCUGGGCAGGCUACCUCGAAACCUCAGGCACCGGCUUCUCUCAGCCCUGCAAUCCCAAGUCCCAAACCCGCCAUGCCGUCGGGCAGUCAGGUAGACGACGCGAGCGUCCGCGCUCAGGCACUGCGCUUUACGGAAGACGCCGUGUCCAUGCAGCUCCAGUCGGUACGAGACACAUCUCCGCGCAGCGCCGGCAGCAGCAAAGACGCCACGCCCGCCUCGCGCCCGCCGUCGAGCAGCCAGGGCAUGCGCUUUGCCUCGGCGGCUGAACUCGUGGAUCGGAUACGAAAGGAUGCGGAGACGGCCCAGCCGCCGAGCGCGGGCGAAGACGCGGCCUGGCUGGCGACCAACGGCGGCGACGACGAGGGCUCCGAGUGGGAGGCGGGUAAGACGAGCAGCGACCAGGACGACGACGACGACCUUGUGGAGCUCGACGAGAUGCCCGCUGACUUUAACAAAGCGCCGAGGCCGAGGCCCGUUCCGGGUCUUGAGAUUCUGGAGGCGCGCGACGGCCGCCCUUACAACAUCUUCCAAGGCCCCGAUGGCAGAAAGGACGCAGCCCGAGGCGCCAUUAUUCCCACCAACUACCAGCUCCAUCCCCAAGCUCCGCGCUUCAUCUGCCCGGUCCGAGACUGCCGGCGGCUGCUCAAGAACUUGACGGCCCUGGGCGCGCACUUUGGCAACCUGCACAAGAAGGUCACCUUCAACGACAACUGCGACGGGACUCUGACGGUGCUGGGGCCCUCGAGGGACAAGAGCCAGUCUGGCUUCUACUCGGGCAUCGUCGUGUCCCAGAACCCCCUGCCUCCGGACGCGCCACCUCCCGCCGAGCCCUCCCAGCCGCCGUGGCAGCUACAGGUCGCGAAGAUUGACCGGGCCCCGAUUCCUGCCCUGCCUGGCUCGUCAUCGCUCCCCGCGUUGUCGACACCAGCACUGCGAUCGCAGGACUCCGUCGGGUCAGAGUCUUCCCCUGCCGCGACGACGCCGACAUGGGCAGCGCUGGGCGUCUCGCCGCCACCGCCGACGAUACCUCGACGAGGGGGUGCGCGGUACGUCAUCGGCGCGUCGGGCAUCACGAGGCCCCCGUCGCCGCCCUGGGAGACGGCGGCCGGCUACCUCGCCGGCCUGCUGCACAAGGACAGCCUCGUCCCAAACCGCGCGGACAUCAAGUUCUUCAACCGGUGCGUGUUCCGGCGCAAGCUGCCCGCCUCGUGGAUCGAGUACCACGGGGGCACGAUGCUCGCGGCGCCCUUCUACGCCUCCGCCAUGGCCUACAUGGUGGGCAACUACGUCGGCGGCCGGCAGGCCUGCAAGAAGAAGAAGACGUCCACGCGGCGGCUCUCCGACAUGUGCAUCCGCCUCCCCGGCGGGAUGCCGCUCGAGGCCAAGAUGGCGUUUAGCAAGACGGAGACGUGCGUCGGGUGCCACUACUACGCGAACCUGCACAGGCAGAGGAACGCCUGCGAUUGGAAUCCGGACGCGGACCGGGGGUCGUCGGUCGAGCACUCGGCCGAUGCUGAGCAGCAGCCGCCACCGCCGGUGGUCGUGAGUACGAGCACAAACACAAACACAAACGGACAGGGGCGCAAACAUCGCCUCUCGACGGCGGAGGCGGCGCUGGAGGAGUUGCCGCGGGCCAAGGUCGCCAGGACGAAUGUGUCUCCCGAGAUGAGGGACUCGGAGCAGCAGUCGCUCGACAUGGAGGACUGGGAGUUUGCGCCAGGCAGGGUGGUGGACGAGGAGAGCAACGAGAACAUCAUCUACUCCAUGCCCUUCCUCUCCAGCGCGCAGCCCGUCACCGUCGCCACAGACGUGGCCGUCAACAUCCAAGUCGUCAAGCCCGGCACCAAGGCGCGCUGGGCGAGCGAAAAGGCGCAGCUCCGCUCCUGCAUGGUCUCGCAGGGCAAAGUUAAGGUGCGGAUCGGCACGACGACGGCGCACGUCGGGCCCGGAGGACUGUUCGUGGUGCGGCCCGGCAGGGAGUGCGCCGUGGAGAAUCGGCAGUAUGGCGACGCGGUGAUCUUUUGCACGACGCAUAAGUCGUAUGAGCUGGUUGAGGGCGAGGACUGA